ACCCGCUUGCCCCGCCCUGAAGAAGAUGCCGCUCGUGAGCCUUGAAAGGCACUGGGUUAACCCAGUGCUUUCAAUGUUCCUGAUGGUGCUGCUGCUGGUAGGGCCUUCACAACCUCUACCACGGGCCCAGACCAAACCAGGCAUCCCUGGUGCUUCCACUGCACCGAGCACCCCCAGAGCCUUCAGCAAGCCCGCCACCUCCAGCAUCCCAACCGCACCAAACACUUUCAGCACACCAACCGCUCCUGGCAACCCCAGUUUCCCAGAGAUGCGAGAUCGAGUGAGAGCCCUGAUGCAAGACUUCCCGCUAAUAGAUGGCCACAAUGACCUGCCUCUUGUCCUGAGGCAAUUUUACCAGAAUGGGCUAGAGGAUGCUAACCUGAGAAACUUCACCUACGGCCAGACCAGCCUGAAUAGGCUUAGAGAUGGCUUUGUGGGAGCCCAGUUCUGGUCGGCUUACGUACCGUGCCAGACCCAGGACCGAGAUGCCCUGCGCCUCACACUGGAGCAGAUUGACCUCAUUCGCAGUAUGUGUGCCUCUUAUCCUGAGCUGGAACUUGUGACCUCAGUCAAAGCUCUGAACAGCACCCAGAAAUUGGCCUGCCUCAUCGGCGUGGAGGGUGGCCACUCCCUCGAUAACAGCCUCGCCGUGCUUCGAAGUUUCUACCUGCUCGGGGUGCGCUACCUGACGCUCACACACACGUGCAACACAGCCUGGGCAGAGAGCUCUCGGAAGGACACCCACUCAUUCUACAGCAGUGUCAAAGGACUGACCGGCUUUGGUGAGAAGGUGGUGGCGGAAAUGAAUCGCUUGGGUAUGAUGGUCGAUUUGUCUCACGUGUCGGAUGCUGCCGCAGUGCGGGCCUUGGAAGUGUCCCAGGCACCUGUGAUCUUCUCCCACUCGGCUGCCAGGGCAGUGUGCAGAAACGUUCGGAACGUUCCGGAUGACAUCCUGCAGCUUCUGAAGAAGAAUGGUGGUGUUGUGAUGGUGACCUUCUCUGUCGGGGUGUUGCAGUGUAACCCAUUAGCCAAUGUCUCAACCGUGGCAGAUCACUUUGACCACAUCAAGGCAGUCAUUGGAUCUGAGUUCAUCGGGAUUGGUGGAGAUUAUGACGGCACCAAGCAGUUCCCUCAGGGGCUGGAGGAUGUGUCUACAUACCCAGUGCUCAUAGAGGAGCUGCUGAGACGGGGCUGGAGUGAACAGGAGCUGCAAGGUGUCCUUCGAGGGAACCUGCUGAGGGUCCUCAGACAAGUGGAACAGGUACGGGAGGAAAACAGAUGGCAGCGUCCUCUAGAGGACGUGAUUCCGGAGGAGCAGCUGGAGAGUGCUUGUCGCUCAGCCUUGCCACAUCGACGUCAGAAACAGUAUCCAGAAAAGACCCCACCAGAGACCCCAACACGCCAUACAUUGAAGUGGUCACACUCAAAGUCCUCUCCCCGCAUGGUCCCAAGCCUCACCGUGGUUGCAGCCAUUUUAGGCCUUAUUGUAUGACAUUUAGAGGAUGCCCCGUCCUCCCAGGCCCAGAAUGUUACGACACAG